AGUGAUGGAUAUAUGAUGAUUAGAUAAUCUAUACUCUUUCUCCCACUUAUUCGUGGUUAAAGAGUACUCUGCUGUACCUGCCUGCAACGGACUGAAUUCUUGAAGAAUGCGUCGGAGUCCAAGUGAACGCGUCGCGCCUGCGCACUUUAAACUUUUUGUCGCGUCUUUUUCCCUUCAUUCCAAGCAACACUUUGGUUGACAGACAACAGCAACAACAAAGGGACAACUGAAAGGCACUGUACAUUCACUCACUUUAUCGUUCAAGAUCGUUUGUGCAACGUUUCAUUUCCACUUCUCCAAUCAGGUAUGAGAUCAGCCAAGUCGUGCAUAUAGGUCUGCAUGAACAGUUUUGUCAUUUAUCAUUUUAGAACGUCAACAAGAACCGUUAGUACAAACACUCGUGAACAUCGGCCGAUCUGUACAUCUUUAAUCGAUGCAUGUCAAUCGGUUCCUUUGUUGAUUUCAAUCAAAAAGCAAGCAUGGCACCCAAAACACGCUCACAAUCCAAAUUGAAGGCCGGCAGUCAAUCUGCCUUGACGGCAAUCAAAGAUAAACAACUGAAUGGCAUUCCUCGCAUUCACCUCCAACGGGACGCCAAAGCAAUCUCUGCAAUGGAACAACAACAUCUCUCAUACCACACCGAUCAAGCAUCUUCAUCUUCCUCAAAGAGUGUCAUUGGUGAAGAUGUGGUAGUAAUGCAAUCACGACAUGUUGCCAUGGCAUUACCUACCUCUCCAGAAAGCAUGUCACCUUCUAGCUUAUUCGAUUAUGGCGAUGAGGAAGAGGAGGAAUCAUUCGAUAACAACGUACGUGGCUGGCUUUCACAGACAUCAAAACAUUUGCAGAGUUCAGAGAUACCUAGCAGUCGAUCUCCCAAGAAGAAGAUGCAGGUGAUCUCACCUUGGAACGCUCAAAUUGGUGAUCUGGAGGAAGAUGAAGAAGCUCAAGAAUUUAUGCCAACUUCUCCUACACUACAGAUUGGAUCCCGAAAGAAUGAUAUUCGUCGAGUGAAAAGCCUUCCAAAUUGGCAAGGGGCGGGCAAGAGCAGAAGUGACUUCGGAACUCGACAGCUAAGCAGAACAAGCAGUAGCAAAGACGCAAUCCGUUCAAAGACGACCCCAAUCCAAACGGAUCAAAAUGGCAGUCGACCUGCUACACCUUCAUCAUCCGUUCGUAGAAGGGAGGCUAUGGGAUUACCCGAAAGACCUCAAUCGGCUAUGAAACAUAAAUCUGCAAAUGAGUAUAGCUCAGGAAAGAAUGUUCCGACGAUUACGAUUUCUUCCGGCAGCCUUCCGCAAUCGCAAGAUGAUGAAGAGGAAGAGACAAUCUUCAAAAGUACAACGUUGAGCAGGACGAAUAAUUCAUUCUCCAAUCGGAUACGUGGAGUGACUUCGAUGCGAAAAGAGCAACUGAAAAAAGAAGCUGGAACAAGACAGAUCUCAUCACCUAUUCGAUCAGAUUCAGAUGGAUUUUCACCUUCUCCCAUCAAGAAAUCCAAUUCGUUUCCUGCGCUCAAACGUAAACCAUAUGUUUUGCAUUCAAGGCAAUCUUUGCCAAACAAUGACUUUUAUCAACGUACCAAACAAGAAGAACGUAGUCCAACGCCCGCUAAACGGAUCAAAACCUUUCCACAAUUUGAGUGAGAAUGAUGGUGCAAAUCUUGGCUCUUCUCAUGUAUUCUAUCUUACCUUAUAUGUAUACCACCACCACCACCUUUUGUUCUCGUUUAAUAAGUAUGAUUAUAACAUCG